GGUGAGGUUUGAAACCGUUGACCUGGUUGUACACUUAUCACCAUGGUUGACACCCGUAGCGGGAAGAGUACUAGCCGCUAUACUCUGGCUCAACAAGAGCAGAUGGCCGCCCUAGUGAGAGAGAACAGGGAAAAAAAAGAGCUCCUGAAGCAAGUGAAGUUAAAAGCCAUCGCAGGGGAGCAGGCGGCAAAAAUGAAGAAGCUGGAGGAGAAGAUGGUGAGGGUUCAACAGGAGAUGGAAGAAAGAAGAAAGGCUGCUGAAGAAGAAGCAGCAGCAGAAACAGAGGAAGAACGCUUGGAAAAAAGACGUAGGGAAGAAAGAGGGGAGAGCAGUGGCACGACAGAGGAGGAUGCAAAAAUGGAGAAGAAUAUCUGUGAGUGGGUGGCAAAUUUGUCUUGGGGAGAAGACGAGGAGGCGCAGCUGUAUGUGCUACAGGAGGAGAAGGAGGUGUUUGCCAAGGCUUUGGAGAUGAUAGAUGACCCCCUGGAACAUCACGAGACAGAAGAUGAGAAGAAGUUGGAGUGGAAGCGGCGCAUGAAGAGGGAGAAGAAGAGAAGGAGGGAGGAAGCUGCCCGAUUGGCCGCGGAGGUGGAGAAAGCACGAGGAUGUAGGCAAGAGUUGCAGGCACAAGCAGAGGUCCCUGCUAAGUUAGAUAAGAUUGUAGGGUACCUGAAGGUGCUAAGUGAGGCAUGGUUGGAGGAACGCCAAAGCAAUAGGGGUCACGAUGUGGCCCUGCAGGCCAUGCGGGCUGGCUUUAGGGAGUUUGCACGCGACGUGGUGACCCACGUCGGGACAGAAGUGAAAGGGUUAAAAGAGGGCAUGAGGAAGUUUUGUGAGGGCGCCAUUGAGGGUGCCAAGGUAGUAGCCACCGCAGAGAAUCCGUCCUUGCCAUUUGUCGUCACCACGAACGCAAGUCGGUAUGGUAUAGGCGCCGUGUUACAGCAAGACGACGACAAUGGCUACAAACCCAUAGAGUUCAUGUCAGCAUGGAUGCCCUCAGAGAAGGUAGCCACCUCGACGUAUGAGAGAGAACUCUACGCUCUCAGACAGGCCUUAGAGCACUGGAAGCAUUACCUGCUUGGGAGGCACUUCAAGGUGUACUCCGACCAUGAGACUCUUAGAUGGUUGAAGACACAGGCCAAGAUGACACCUAAGUUGACUAGGUGGGCCGCUGAGAUAGACCAAUAUGAUUUCGAGCUCAAGCCAGUUAAGGGCAAAUACAAUGUAGUUGCGGAUGCUCUGAGUAGGAGGUCAGACUACUUUGGAGCCAUAGUUCACUGUCUGGACAUAGGGAGUGACCUGCAAGAGAAAGUUAGACAAGCGUAUGCGCAUGACCCUAUCUAUAGUGACCUCCUCAAGAGAGUUAAGGAGGCCCCAAGGACUGAGCCAGACUACCGCACUACACGGGUGUUAUUGUUUGAGAAGACUAAUGUAGUAGACUGCUUAUGCAUUCCCAACAGUGAGGAGAUUCACAGUCUAAUCCUAGAGGAAUGCCAUGAUACAGAGGGACACUUCGGUUGGCAAAAGACUUUAGCCAAUUUGAUGCACGCGUACACAUGGUCAAGAAUGAAGAACGACUGCAUAGAGUAUGUCCACAGUUGUAAGGUCCGCUCCGGCCCGCCUGCGAUCUCGGCUCCCACUUCCGACCGUCGAAGGGUAAAAACAGGGAAAUAUGGAGUGACUCUUCCUAGGAUUAGAGGAGAAGGCGGUGUGACUACGGAGUUCUUUGAGAUUUACGAGCAGGAGACGGUGGUCAGGUUCUCAGUGGCCUCCGACGAGAACGACUGCACUAGAAAAGCGGAAAUCUUUUUGUCCCCUGACGCCCAGCUAGUCUUCGCAACUGAAUUAGCAGAAGGGAAAGACCCUCUAGGCAUCGCCGAAAAAACCCUAAAACGAGUACAGAGGUUGAGAAGGGUUGGUACCGGGGGACCCGUAUUUGAUAAGGUAGAAUAUCGAGGGAGGGAAGAGGUUCCGAGAGCAGGCCACGGAAGGAUUUGGAGUAUCCCUACCUGGGCCUAUCGACUACUCUAUAAGGACGACGAGACCGCGAGGAAAGUCCGAUUGAGGAGUCAAGUGAUAGAAAAAUUCCCGCUGGGCGAGGAAGGGGGACACGAGUUAUUCACCCAGUGCUGGGAGUCGAGAGAGGACACCGAUUUCGAGUGGUGGGCACGCGUUGGGGAGUUCAUCAAGCCUCUAUUCUCCGGGCAGCCUGGGGAUGUGGACAGGGAUUUGAUUAGAAGGUGUGCGCAAGAGGGGGUUAGAGGCAUUUUGGACCUAGAGGUCGCUAAUCUUGCAUUGGCCGCCAGUGAGGAGAAAAAACUGAGGGAUUCUUGGUGGACAGUGACCAGUGAGGAGUCGGAGGGGGAAGGUGCGGACGAGGAUUCUAGUGAGGAGAAGGAGGGAACAGAGGAGGAGAAGAGCUCGGGAAGUAACAGAGACAGUGGUGAGGAGGGCGAGCCGGGUAGUGACACGGACGGUAGUGAGAGAGGCCACUAGAAGUAGCGGAUAAGGGUGCAUGGAGAG